UCGUAGUCAUUUUCAUUUAAAAUCAAAAACAAUCCAAGUAACGGUUUAAAAAGAGUUUUAUUUUUGUUAAUUUAAUGGUAAUGCAAAAAAACUAAAUUUUUUAUUUAUGUAUUUAUUUCCCAAAACAAUAUAUAACAAAAUGCAGGAAUUGACACAGUAUUAAACUUUUAAUAGGACCGUGUACUACAAAAGUCGCCACUCAACUAAUCAAAAAAUGGAGACUUGCCAAAAUAUUGAAGAUUGGAUGAAAAAAAUGGGAUAUGAUGGUGAAAUGCCCACAUCAUUAAAACCGUUUUGUAAUCCAGCUACACAGUUUAUUUGGCAACAAAUUAUUGAUAAGGUAAAACCGAAACAAGAAAUAGAGUUUAUGCGAAGAAAUAUAAUAAUAAACAGAUUAAAGGAACAAGAAGACAGUAUUCUAAUGCAAUUAGAUGAGAGUUUUGUGAAACUUCCUGUAGAAGAAAUAGAAAUAUGGAAAAAGAAGAAAGAACUACAAAGCAAACUUGAGGAAGUAGAGAAACAAAUUGAAGUAAAAGAGACACAAAUAAUUGAAAUUAAUUUGCAAAAUAAAAUGAAAUAUGUAAAUCUACAAGGUAUAAGGAAAACUAAUAAAGAAAUAGAGGAAAAAACGUUCUUGUAUAACGAAAAAAGUGCACAUUUAAAGAAGGACAUCGCUAAAGCAGAAGAAAUGCUUAAUCUUAUCAAAAAUUUGACACCAGUUGAGUCAACCGAGUUUACUAAUAGAGAAGCAGUAUCUCAAACAUUGCACGAAUGCGCGAAAAAAUUGAAGGAAUAUAUUGAGAAAAAGUCGUUUACAGUUUCGUCGACCCUUUCAAAUACCUUCUUAGUAUCUAAACCUUUCGAAAUAUUUGCAACACCUCGUAAUAGUAAAUUUUCGUCUUUUACCACCCCUCUUCCACCUUUAACCAUUUCCCAAUCAGUAUUACGAAAUUAUAACGCAACUACAAGAAAAGACGGACCAUGUAGCCGUAGUUUCGAGGACAAACUGCCAGAUAUUAAUGGGAAAUGUUACAGUAGUACCCUCGACUUGUGUAAAGAAAGCAAUUUUGAUUCCACAAUAAAAAAAUUACUCACAAACAACAACCGAAUACUUGUGUUCAAUCUUCUUAGAGACAUUGACAAGAAACAUCAGCAGCAAUUGUUAGAUCUCAUUUCAAAGACUGAUGAACUAUCUGGAAAACCAGAAAUUUACAAUGAAGAACUUCAUCUAGUAAAACUGCGCGCAAAAUAUGUCGAGUAUGAGCUGAUGUGUACAAAAUCGAAUAUAAUUUGCAGCAAAAUUCGUGAAGAAGUAAAGAGAGUACAAAGCCAAAACUUUCAAACCCUAACGAAUCAAUAUAAGAUGCCUAAUCAGGUUUCCCGACUGCAAAUCUUUUUUAAACUGGAACAGAAAGACAGCGGAUUGGACGCAGCACUUUUACUAGCUGACAAAAAACUGAAGGAACUGAAACAAGAGACUGAUAACAGCGAUGAUAUCAUUUUUGUACAACAAAAGUUGAAAAAUGUGGAAAAAGCACUGGACUGUGCUGUCGAGAAUUUAAAAAACAAGCUCAGCAUUUUUAACGAAAAUUGCAUUACUUUGGCCAAAACAAGGAAUGAAACUUGCAGUUUGGCUAAGCAGCAGCAGCAAUUCACUGCAGAUGUUGAUUGGGCUGCCCCUUUGUCCUCCUAUUUAAUUUCCAAGGAAAUUGAGGUCUUUGCAGAUUUUCCAUUAGAAUUUAACCGUCACACAAUAAUAAACGGUGAAAAGGCUCCUUUAAGAAACGUAAUGUUGGAUUUACCCUACAGUAAAGACUGGGACUCGAACACUCUUCGAAUUGUAGCAUCUGCAGUAGAUUAUCCUUACAGUCCUCCCGAGCUGUGCCUUGUGAAAGCUGUACAAGACAAAAUUAGUGCGGAAAUGUUUAAACAGUUAGAAAAACCAUUUAAAUAUUUAGAAAUUAACAACUAUGGUACUGAGGACCUUAUAAAUAAAGAAAAAUACAUAUCGACUAUUUUAGCACAGUGCAAUUCAAUUAUGUUUAGUGAAAGUACAAGAAAAAUCUUAAAUUUCCCAUUUUCUUUGGAAGAAACUGUGAAUCAUUGGAUGAAUAUGCCUUUUAAAAAUUAUAUUUCGCCAUCUCUGUUGUUAGAAGGACAACCGUACGAAUAUUAUGAAAACCAGUUCAACGAUUUAUAUAAACAUCUGUAAUUUUAUUUAGUUGUACUUUAUCUAUAUAGAUUGUAAGUAUCAAAAAUUAAGCAUUUAUUAUA